AUGCCCCGGUCAACUAACAGAGUGUCUCGCAACGCACCGAGUACGUCACGGGUGAGACCUACUCUGCCUGAAGGAUAUUCAGUGGUCGCUGGAUCGAAUGGGAGAGGAAUAGAAGGAAGAGGCGGCAUUUUUAUGGCAAUCAGCAGGAACGACACAGAUCAGAAUGCACCGACUGCUCCGACAUCCGCCACAACUUCUAGCGCGCCUGUUCAGAGUGAAUCAUCAGUUGCUGCAUCAGUUGAAGUAAUUACCAUUGACGACAGUGAUAAUGAAGAGAGGCCAGUUGCGCCGGACGCGUCGCCAGUCGGCUUCGGUGAUGCUCGAAGCGUCUACUUGGAAGAUUUGCGAGCAUUCGAUAACGAACUUAUUUUGGACGACAGCGACGACGACGACUGUGUGGUGCCUCCGCCGAAGAAGAGAACGUUCAGAGGAAAACCGAUUCGAUCGUAAGUUUUCUGUGAAUACUCUAUGUGAAAUGUUCCCCUGUUUUCAGAGAUCCAACCUGGGGUGACUGCACCAUGUGCUCAGAAGAACCGAUCAAACCUCAAGGCUGUUAUAAAUGCCUCCAAUUUCUCGGGUGUGAAGAGUGAGAACCAAUUCUACUCGUUCAUUUCUGAAUAUAUUCUUCUUUCAGCUGUGUCAAUCGAUUGUACGCCGCUCAAUUCGCGGACAUGCCGAAAUGUCCGUUCUGUCGAAAUCUGUGGAAUGACCGUCCGGUAGUGAGCGCUAUGAAAAGUAUCGAAAAACGACUGAAGAAGGAGAACCAACCUUCCUAA